GCAGCCUAUGACAUCAGCCAGGAACGCCUAGGAUGCGGCUGUUCCUGGCCACCCUCAGAGGAGGAGGGUCCUGCCUGCUGGGAGUUAAUUAGCCUCGCGAGCGGCGAGGGGGGGAGGCGCAAGUUUUCUGGGGACACUGGCGGCCACUGUGUGUCCUCCUGCCCAAGGGAGCUCCCCAAGAGUUGGAUGAAUUCUGGGUUGUUAGCUGCUGUCCUCUGGGCUCCCGGGAGCCAGUUUCUGGUGGAAAGCGGGGCGUCUGGCCAGCGACCAGCGGCUUGCUGAGACUCACCAUGACACUCCUGGGGUCUGAACACUCUUUGCUGAUUAGAAGGAAGUUCCGAUCAGUCUUACAGUUACGGCUUCAACAGAGAAGGACCCAGGAGCAGCUGGCUAACCAAGGCUUAAUACCACCACUGCAAAGUCCAACUGAAUUCCAUGACCGGAGAAAAAAAUUGGAUAGUGCCAAGACUGAAGAUUCCCUGAGGCGCAAGGGCAGAAACAGGUCCGACCGUGCCAGCCUGGUUAAUAUGCACAUUCUCCAAGCUUCCACGGCAGAAAGAUCCAUUCCAACUGCUCAGAUGAAGCUGAAAAGAGCCCGCCUUGCAGAUGACCUCAAUGAGAAGAUUGCUCUCCGCCCAGGGCCCUUGGAACUGGUGGAGAAGAACAUUCUGCCUAUGGAUUCCUCAGUGAAAGAGGCUAUAAAAGGUUCUGAGGUGAGCUACCCCAAAGCAGCAGAUGCAUUUGCCUUUGAGGACGACAGCAGCAGAGAUGAGCUUUCCCCAGAUCAGUCUCGGAGUGAGGACCCCCAGGGCUCUGCAGGAUCCACUCCAGACAUCAAAUCCACUGAGGCUCCUCUGGCUGGUCCUCUGGACACAAUCCAGGAUCUCUCUCCUGGCUCACAAAGUGACAAGAAUGAUGCAGCCUCCCAGGCAAGCAACCAGACAGACUCUGGGAAGCAAGUUCUCGGCCCUCUCAGCACCCCGAUUCCUGUGCACACUGCUGUAAAGUCCAAGUCUUUGGGCGAUAGUAAGAACCGCCACAAAAAGCCCAAAGACCCCAAACCAAAAGUGAAGAAGCUCAAAUACCACCAGUACAUCCCCCCAGACCAGAAGGCAGAGAAGUCCCCCCCACCCAUGGACUCUGCCUAUGCCCGGCUGCUUCAGCAACAGCAGCUAUUCCUGCAGCUACAGAUCCUCAGCCAGCAGCAGCAGCAGCAGCAGCAACAGCAGCAACAACAGCAGCAGCAGCGGCAGUUCAGCUACCCUGGGAUGCACCAAACACACCUCAAAGAACCAAACGAACAGAUGGCCAGAAAUCCGAAUUCUUCCUCAACACCACUGAGCAAUACCCCUCUGUCCCCUGUCAAAAACAGCAUUUCUGGACAAACUGGUGUCUCUUCUCUCAAACCAGGCCCCCUUCCACCAAACCUGGAUGAUCUCAAGGUGUCAGAGUUAAGACAACAGCUUCGAAUCCGGGGCUUGCCAGUGUCAGGCACCAAGACGGCGCUGGUGGACCGGCUUCGACCCUUCCAGGAUUGUGCUGGCAACCCUGUGCCCAACUUUGGGGACAUCACAACUGUCACCUUUCCUGUCACGCCCAACACUUUGCCCAGUUAUCAGUCCUCCCCAUCAGGCUUCUACCACUUUGGCAGCACAAGCUCCAGCCCACCCAUCUCCCCCGCCUCAUCUGACUUGUCCGCUGCAGGAUCCCUGCCAGACACCUUCACCGAUGCCUCACCUGGCUUCGGCCUGCAUGCAUCUCCGGUGCCCGCAUGCACGGAUGAGAGUCUGCUCAGCAGCCUGAAUGGGGGCUCGGGCCCCUCUGAGCCUGACGGGCUAGACUCUGAGAAGGACAAAAUGCUGGUGGAGAAGCAGAAGGUGAUCAAUCAGCUCACCUGGAAGCUGCGGCAAGAGCAGCGGCAAGUAGAAGAGCUGAGAAUGCAACUUCAGAAGCAGAAGAGCGGCUGCAGCGAUCAGAAGCCACUGCCCUUCUUGGCCACCGCCAUCAAGCAGGAAGAUGUCUCUAGCUGUCCCUUCGCAGCCCAGCAGGCAUCUGGGAAUGGACAGGGCCACAGCUCUGACAGUCCCCCUCCGGCCUGUGAGACUGCUCAGAUGCUGCCUCACUGUGUGGAGUCCUCAGGUCAAACCCAUGUACUCUCAUCCACGUUUCUCAGCCCCCAGUGCUCCCCUCAGCACUCACCCCUGGGGGCCCUGAAGAGCCCGCAGCACAUCAGCCUGCCCCCAUCGCCCAACAACCAUUACUUCCUGGCCUCCUCCUCUGGGGCUCAGAGAGAGAACCAUGGGGUCUCUUCACCCAGCAGCAGCCAAGGGUGCGCACAGAACUCAGGGGCACACGAAGGCCAUCCUCCUAGCUUCUCACCCUCAUCUUCCAGCCUCCAUCAGCCUUUCUCUGGCACCCAAGCAGACAGCAGUCAUAGUACUGGGCUCAACCCUUGUCCCAAAAGCCCGGUUAUUCAUCCAAAGAUGACUGGUUUACAAUCUUCUGACAAGGUGGGUCCAACGUUUUCAAUUCCAUCUCCAACUUUUUCUAAGUCAAGUUCAACAGCUUCAGAGAUAACCCAGCCCCCAUCCUAUGAAGAUGCAGUGAAGCAGCAAAUGACUCGGAGCCAGCAGAUGGAUGAACUCCUGGACGUCCUCAUUGAAAGUGGAGAAAUGCCAGCUGACGCCAGGGAAGAUCAUUCAUGUCUUCAAAAAAUUCCAAAGAUCCCUGGGUCCUCCUGCAGCCCAACCACCAUCCCCUCCAAGCCCUCGGCUUCCUUUGAGCGGGCAUCUUCAGGAGGCCAGAUUGCCUUUGAUCACUAUGCCACUGACAGUGAUGAACACCUGGAAGUCUUAUUGAAUUCUCACAGCCCCAUAGGAAAGGUGAGCGAUGUUACCCUCCUCAAAAUCGGAAGUGAGGAGCCUCCUUUUGACGGCAUCAUGGAUGGCUUCCCAGGGAAGGCUGCGGAAGAUCUCUUCAGUGCUCAUGAGCUCUUGCCUGGGACCCUCUCCCCGAUGCAUACACAGUUGUCACCUCCUUCGGUGGACAGCAGUGGUCUGCAGCUGAGCUUCACAGAAUCUCCUUGGGAAACAAUGGAAUGGCUGGACCUCACUCCACCUAGUUCCACGCCAGGCUUCAGCAACCUCACCUCCAAUGGGCCCAGCAUUUUCAACAUCGAUUUUCUGGAUGUCACGGAUCUCAAUUUGAAUUCUCCCAUGGAUCUCCACUUACAGCAGUGGUAAACACCUGAAGUACAAGUGCUAUGAGGAGCUCAUAGCACUUGUACUCCCAUGGGGGAAAGUACACAACCAGAAGUGUUUGAUCCAAAAGAUGAAGGGAGGAAAAAUGGGGAAGAAAAAAAAAAAAAGCAGCAAUGGAGGUUUCUGUGACAACCAACCAGAACCAACAGGAGUCAGCUAUUAAAAUAUGUCUAAUGUCAUAUCCACUAGCAUUUGAUAACUGUUAAUAACUUCAAUGAUGCAUUCAGAAAUGUGCUUUGUCAGAAUAAGAAUGCCAAAAAUGUUUUUCAAUGCCUUAUCUCCUACCAGCAUUUCUUUUUUAGCCCAUGGUUUGUCGCAGACAUUACGGGGGACAUAAGUUCACACUACAGUUGGUCUCAGGCAUUAUUGGGCCAUAGGCUGACACUAAGUAGCUUUUGUUAUGAAUUUACUAAAUUUUCUGCGGGAGGAGAACAGAGCCUCUGCUUGGGGUGCAGGUCCCUCAAAUGUUCUGGAAGCCAUCCUGUGCUUGAGGCGGCCUCCCUCCCAUGUGUGUCCAUCUUCUGCCUUUCAGGGGAGCAGGGCCUGUUUCAGCCAAUCAAGUCCUUAAGACAGAAUAAUCAGAAUGGUCAGAGGGAGAGACCAAUCAAUUCCCAGGAAAGCGAAAGCAAUUCAGUGUCCCUCAACCCCUAAAUGGUCCCACUGGACUGGUGAUCACUGGCGACAACUAACUAGCUUUGUCCAGAGAAUCCACCCAGAACACGGUGCUCUUUAGUCAGUAGUCCAGUUUUCUCUGCCACCUCUAUGUGCAUCAGCAAUGCAUAGCGGGUGAGAACCUGAAUCACAGAACCAUCAUGUCAUAGCUGGAGACUCCUGAGGCUCUCAAAUGCUACUACCUCUAGUUCCAAAGACUAGAGAUAGAUGAUUAGAAAGGCAACUGGAGGCCCAGGGAGCCAUACUGGGGCAAGUUAGAAUUAGAGAAUAGUGUCAUUUAACAUUCCAGGAAAGAAAUAACCAUGGAUUGCGAUUACAGGAGUAACACCUAGGGCCAACUUCUUUUUCUUCUUCUUUAUUUUUCUUUCUUUUUGUGGACAGAAGGAAUUCACCUCAGUUUAUCUUCCUUUCAGUACUUUUCUUUCAAGAUAUCAAUCCUUUAUGACUCUUUUGCUUUUGAUUCUCUGUGUCUCUGUGUCUCUGUGUCUCUGUGUCUCUGUGUCUGUCUCUGUCUCUCUCUGUCUCUCUCUCUCUCUCUCUCUCUUUCUGUCUCUCGGAAAAGAGAGUUUUCAGUUCUAACAAGCUACUGUACUCCUAUUAAAGCCAUGUUUUUAGAACAUUAAAAGUCCAAAUUCUCUUGCCAAACUUAUUCUUCACAUGUACAUUGACUGCAAACAGAAUUCACAAGAAUUUCCUUAGGAAGAAACUGGGGACAUGGCCCAUUGGACACAAAGCUUUUUUUCUUUCUUUUUUUUUUUUAAUUCUUGUUUGUUUUAUGGACAAUCUUUGGUUUGCGUUGCUCUGGAGAAAUUGGAAAUAAUUACAGAGUGAAGAUAAGUCAGGAUGCCAUGUAUAGUAGAGAAUGUUUCAGUCAGUUUUCCAAAUGAGAGCACAAUUGUACAUUGUAAACAACAGGAGAGUGAAGGACCAUAGUCUUGAGGAGUUCUCCUUGUUGCCCUAUGUUUGGUUGGGGCACUGGGUACUGAGGAAGACAACACAGAUUGCCCAAGCCUCUCAGAGGCUCGCUGUGGCGCCAAUUCAAGUAUUACAAUGU